CUCUUCCUGAUGAAAUGCAUUCUGGGAUACCUGGCAGUACAAAGUACACACUAGAUACCUCCUGAUCCGUCCUGGUUAAAGCAGCCGGGACAAGAACACAUCCAGGUCAGACUGGUUUCAAAGUCACUCUGAUGAGUUUUUACAACUAAUGAGGGACAACGAGCAGCUUCUUCUCAACACAUGAAUCUGGAAAGUGUCUGGAAGUCGACCUGAGACCAAAGACUCUCCUGUAUCCAGCUGUGUCCAUGGAGACUGAGCGGUCUAAGGCUCCACCUGUUGACUCCAAACAUGGACAGCAGUCUGCUGAUCCAGGUGUUUGGAGGAGGAUCCUUCAACAGAAACAUGAUUCUCCUGAACACAGAUGUGUGUCCAUGAAGAGUGACCAGUCUAUGGAUAAACCUGUUAACUUCAAAGAUGGACACCAGUCUGAUGAUCCAGGGAUCCAUCAACAAAGACCAGAUCCCUCUGGAAUCACAGCUGUGUCCAUGAAGAGUGACUGGUCUAUGCGUCAACCUAUUAACUUCAAAGAUGGACAGAAGUCUGCUGAUCCAGGACUUCAGCAGCAGAUCUCAGUGGUUUCCAGUCAUCAGUCUGAGCAGCAGCAUCACAAAGACCUGGACUCCAUAUUCAUGCUGCUGGAGGAGAACAUGGUCAGUUUUAUGAAGAAGGAGCUGAAGAAGAUCCAGAAGGUUGUGAGUCCAAAUUACCCAGAAUGCUCAGAGAGUCAGAGGGAGGAUGAGGAGGUGUUGGAGGAUGAGGAUGAAGAGCAGAGGAGGAACAGCAGAGAUUUAUUGGUGAAGAUGACAGUGAACUUCCUGAGGAGAAUGAAGCAGAAGGAGCUGGCUGACUGUCUGCAGAGCAGAACUGUUGCUGCAGAGUGUGGACGUAAAGUUAAAUCUAGUCUGAAGGAGAAGUUCCAGUGUGUGUUUGAGGGGAUUGCUAAAGCUGGAAACUCAACCCUUCUGAAUGAGAUCUACACAGAGCUCUACAUCACAGAGGGAGGGACUGCAGAGGUCAAUGAUGAACAUGAGGUCAGACAGAUUGAAACAGCAUCCAGGAAACCACACAGAGCAGAAACAAGCAUCAGACAAGAAGACCUCUUUAAAGCCUCACCUGGAAGACAUGGACCAAUCAGAAGAGUGAUGACAAAGGGAGUGGCUGGCAUUGGGAAAACAGUCUUAACACAGAAGUUCACUCUGGAUUGGGCUGAAGACAAAGCCAACCAGGACAUCCUCUUCAUAUUUCCAUUGACUUUCAGAGAGCUGAAUGUGGUGAAAGAGAGAAAGUUCAGCUUGGUGGAACUUGUUCAUCACUUCUUCACUGAAACCAAAGAAGCAGGAAUCUGCAGCUUUGAAGACUUCCAGGUUGUGUUCAUCUUUGACGGUCUGGAUGAGUGUCGACUUCCUCUGGACUUCACAGAGACUGAGAUCCUGACUGAUGUUACAGAGUCCACCUCAGUGGAUGUGCUGCUGACAAACCUCAUCAGGGGGAAACUGCUUCCCUCUGCUCGCCUCUGGAUAACCACACGACCUGCAGCAGCCAAUCAGAUCCCUCCUGAGUGUGUUGACAUGGUGACAGAGGUCAGAGGGUUCACUGACCCCCAGAAGGAGGAGUACUUCAGGAAGAGGUUCAGAGAUGAGGAGCAGGCCAGCAGCAUCAUCUCCCACAUCAAGACAUCACGAAGCCUCCACAUCAUGUGUCACAUCCCAGUCUUCUGCUGGAUCUCUGCUACAGUUCUGGAGGAUGUGUUGGAAACCAGAGAGGGAGGAGAGCUGCCCAAGACCCUGACUGAGAUGUACAUCCACUUCCUGGUGGUUCAGACCAAAGUCAAGAAGGUCAAGUAUGAUGGAGGAGCUGAGACAGAUCCACACUGGCAUAUAAAGAGUAGGAAGAUGAUUGAGUCUCUGGGAAAACUGGCUUUUGAUCAGCUGCAGAAAGGAAACCUGAUCUUCUAUGAAUCAGACCUGACAGAGUGUGGCAUCGAUAUCAGAGCAGCCUCAGUGUACUCAGGAGUGUUCACACAGAUCUUUAAAGAGGAGAGAGGCCUGUACCAGGACAAGGUUUUCUGCUUCGUCCAUCUGAGCGUUCAGGAGUUUUUGGCUGCUCUUCAUGUCCAUCUGACCUUCAUCAACUCUGGAGUCAACCUAAUGGAAGAACAACAAACUACAUCUCUGAAGUCUAAAAUAUUUCUAAAACUAACACAUCUCCAUCAGAGUGCUGUGGACAAAGCCUUACAGAGUCCAAAUGGACACCUGGACUUGUUCCUCCGCUUCCUCCUGGGUCUUUCACUGCAGACCAAUCAGACUCUCCUACGAGGCCUGCCGACUCAGACAGGAAGUAGCUCACUGACCAAUCAGGAAACAGUCCAGUACAUCAAGGAGAAGAUCAGUGAGAAUGUGUCUGCAGAGAGAAGCAUCAAUCUGUUCCACUGUCUGAAUGAGCUGAAUGAUGGUUCUCUAGUGAAGGAGAUCCAACAGUCCCUGAGAUCAGGACGUCUCUCCACAGAUAAACUGUCUCCUGCUCAGUGGUCAGCUCUGGGCUUCGUCUUACUGUCAUCAGGAGAAGAUCUGGAUGAGUUUGACCUGAAGAAAUACUCUGCUUCAGAGGAGGCUCUUCUGAGGCUGCUGCCAGUGGUCAAAGCCUCCAACAAAGCUCUGCUGAGCAGCUGUAACCUCUCAGAGAGAAGCUGUGAAGCUCUGUCCUCAGUUCUCAGCUCCCAGUCCUCCAGUCUGAGAGAGCUGGACCUGAGUAACAACAACCUGCAGGAUUCAGGAGUGAAGCUGCUGUCUGCUGGACUGGAAAGUCCUCACUGUAAACUGGAAACUCUCAGGCUGAGCAGUUGUAACCUCUCAGAGAGAAGCUGUGAAGCUCUGUCCUCAGUUCUCAGCUCCCAGUCCUCCAGUCUGAGAGAGCUGGACCUGAGUAACAACAACCUGCAGGAUUCAGGAGUGAAGCUGCUGUCUGCUGGACUGGAGAGUCCUCACUGUAAACUGGAAACUCUCAGUCUGUCAGGUUGUCUGAUCACAGAGGAAGGGUGUUCUUCUCUGGCCUCAGCUCUGAGCUCCAACCCCUCCCAUCUGAGAGAGCUGGACCUGAGCUACAACCAUCCAGGAGACAAGGGAGUGAAGCUGCUGUCUGCUGGACUGGAGGAUCCACUCUGGAGACUGGACACUCUCAGGAUGGACCAUGGGGGAGAGCAGAGGUUAAAACCUGAUGUGAGGAAGUAUUUCUGUGAACUUGAAGUCGACACAAACUCAGUCGAUAGAAACCUCAAACUAUCUAACAACAACAGGAAGGUGACACGUGUGGAGGAGGAGCAGCCAUAUCCUGAUCAUCCAGACAGAUUUGACUGGAAUCAGCUGCUGUGUAGAAAUGUUGUGACUGGUCGAUGUUACUGGGAGGUUGAGUGGAGAGGAGAGGUUCAUAUAUCAGUGAGUUACAGAGGAAUCAGAAGGAGCGGAGACUUAAAGGACUGUUUGUUUGCAUUGAAUGAUCAGUCCUGGAGUCUGAUCUGCUCUGAUCGUUAUGGUUACUCUGUCCGUCACAAUAACAGACCAACAUCCAUCCCCUCGUCCUCUGUCUCUCACAGAGUCUCAGUGUAUGUGGACUGUCCUGCUGGAACUCUGUCCUUCUACAGAGUGUCCUCUAACAAACUGAUCCACCUCCACACCUUCAACACCACAUUCACUCAAACUCUCUCUCCUGGAUUUAGAGUCUGGUUUCCUGGUUCCUCAGUGUCUCUGUGUUCUCUGUAGGAAGGAAGGAGAGUCUUUAAAGUGACAGCAGCUUCAACUCUGCUUUAAAUGUUGAUGGUGGAUUCUCUUUGGUUCACAGAUGAAUCACUGACUGUGGUUUCAUGUCAGAAUAUGUUUUAUCUUAGAAGUAGUGAAAUAAUCUCCUAACACGUGGAUUUUGAUGCUAACGUCUAUCUGGAUAAUCCUGGACUGAUGGAAGUGAAUAUUAUUUGUUAAGCUGUGUUUUACUGUGUGCUGUGUCUCCUGUGUCUGAAUGGACAUGAGACAUUAAUGAACUCUGGUCUCUACUCCACCUUUAUAUCAAUCAAUGUUCAUCAUCGUUAUUAAUCAACCUUUGGUUUAUAAUUAUUAAUCUUAAUGAAACUCAGUUCAGUCUUAAUCAAUAAAUAAUCAGAUAUAAAAAGAUCAACAGGACUUCAUCAUCAUCUCAUCACUUAUUAAAACUUUAUUGAAUUAACUUUAAUCUCCUUCAUUGUUUUCUUUGUGUAACUUUUUAAAUGAGACUCACACAACAAUCCAUUAAAGGUUUAGUUGUGCUGUGUGUAGAAUAUCAUAAGAUGUUCACCAAAGUUAUUUUGUUCAAAAGUGUGAGGAUGAAGUGUGUUAUUGUACAAACAUGUUCACUCUGCUCUAUGAAAGAAGAUGAACUGCACAAUCUAAACCCUGGUGUCCAUAGAUGACCUCUCAUCACCAA